UGCUGUGGGCAUGACUCCUCCAUCCCUGCACCCACUGCCCAGGGGCACAGGGAAAGAGUCUGCACUGCCCUGUGCUAGCCAGGGAGAGCAAGCAGUCAGUGGCCUGCCCCCCGCCCAAAGUGACCCUGGAGAUCAGUGCCAGCAGCGGAGGAUAAACAAACUCUGGUGGUGGGUGCUGCCAAGGGCGCUAUUUAUAAAGGCUGAGUCAGGCCUGUGCCUGACCCAACCAGCCAGCCCUGAGCAGCCUGCAUCUGGGAGCAGCCCAGCAAGGACACGCCACUGAGCCAGGAGCUCUGGGGCUGCAGCAGCAGCAGCCAACUGCCCCUUUAUAAAGCCAAGGCUCACCCCGUGCGUCUCCCCAGGACGGGCUACAGCUGCCCCUUCAGCUCUGCACUGCAGCCGGACGAGGAGCUGGUGGACAGGCGGACACACACCAGGCACAUGGACCAAGGCCUGGCGGCCCCAAUGCCCAGGGGCCGGGGAUUCCGCAGCAGCCGCAUGGAGCCGAUCGAGUGCCGAGAUGUGUUGGUGCAGAAUGUGCUCUUCACCGGGGACCUGGAGGCGGUGCGGAAGCAUUUCACUGAGAGUGCUGCCGUCAACCUCAUCAUUGAAUCCAAGGGAGACGAGCUCCGGUGGACCAGCCGGAAACUUGGGCUGUGGUCGCUGACCUACGAGCAGGAGCUCACCACGCCGCUCCACAUCACGGCUGGGCGCGGCUACUUGGACUGCCUCAGGCACCUGCUGCUGAGGGGCGCUGCCGUGGACUUUGCACCUGGCGGCAAGACAGCUCUGCACGAGGCCUGCGCGGCGGCCAGAACGGACUGCGUGCGCCUGCUGCUCUCCUUCGGGGCUGACCCCAAGACUGUCUCUGAGGCUGGCUACCAGCCCCUGCACCUCUGCAAGAGCCCAGCCUCCAUCCAGUGUGCGCAGGUGCUGCUGCAGUAUGGUGCCAGCGUGAACAGCCAGACGGAGGAGGAAGAGGACACAGCGCUGCACGUGGCGGCACGGCACGGCCUGGAAGAGCACGUCCAGCUGUACCUGCGCCAUGGAGCGGGGCUGGAGGCCAAGAACGAGGAGGGUCAGACCCCUUUGAAUGCCGCCUGCGCCCAGGCACACCCACCCCAGGACACGGAGCGCUACUAUCGCGUCUGCCAGCAGCUGGUGCAGAGCGGUGCCAACGUCGAUGCUGCAGACCGGGACCGGCAGCGCCCGCUGCACCAGGCCUGCAAGAACGCCAGCGCCCGUGUGGUGGAGCUGCUGCUGGCCCACGGCGCCAGUGUCAACAUCAUGAGCUACAGCGGCAACACAGCCAUGCACAACAUCUUGCAGGUGGCCGCCUACAAGCUGGGGCACCGCCCAGAGCUCGUGGUGCGGGCGCUGCUCAACCACGGCUCCAUACGCAUCUGGCCCGGGGCCCUCAUCAAGGUGUUGCGCUACUGCUGCUCCUCGCCUCGCACCAUCGAGGUGCUGAUCAACAGCUACGACCGUGUGCGGGUCACUGACGAGUGGGCAGAGGCUGUCCCAGCUGAGAUUAUGCAGAAGCACCCAGAUUUCUACGAGUCACUCUUCUCCCUGGGGCAGAGGCCCCGCUCCCUGCAGCACCUGGCCCGCUGUGCACUCAGGAGCUACCUGGAGGGCCGGCUGCUGCAGGUCUUGCCUGAGCUGCACCUGCCAUCUUCCCUGCACCAGUUUCUGCUGCUCAGCUUCGAGGACAUUCUCUACUAGAGGCCUGGAGCCUGGAUUGAGCCACCUCUAAAUCCUUUUCUUUAUUUGCUCUGAAUUCUUGUGCCCUGCCCUGCCUGUGACAGCCCUGCCCUGCCCAGCCCAGGUCAGCCUUGCCCUCCCCCGUCACACCAGCCAAAGCCAGCCCUUCUGUGCCCAUUCCCACCUAUGCUAGCCUGGCCCCUGAAGCUCAGUGGUUUGAGCAUUGGCCUGCUAAACCCAGGGUUGUGAGUUCAGUCCUUGAGGAGGCCACUUAAGGAUUUGGGCCAAAAAUUGGUCCUGCUAGUGAAGGCAGGGGGCUGGACUCAAUGACCUUUCAAGGUCCCUUCCAGUUCUAGGAGAUUGAUAUAUCUCCAAUUAUUACCUUUUUAUUACCUGCCCUUUGUUCUCCCAGCUCAGACACCCUCUGCCCACACCAACCCGGUCCAUCCCGUGCCAGCAGGCUCUAUUGCUGUAGCCUAUGGUGGGCCCCUGCCUUUCGUGGGGCCAUUGCGCUGGCCCUGCUUUGUAUUAUGGAGAUUUGGGAAUAAAUCCUGGUGUUUGUA